AUCAACUGCGUAAUAGCGUUGUUCUGUGUGGCGUUGUCAAACGGUUGGACUAGUCGACUGGCUUCGGUCAUUGGUCUCAUCUUCACUCUACUUUCUUUGAUUUUUAUUGGUGGAGCGAUUGCUACGCUUUUUGCAUGGAAUCUCGCAGAUAUGUCGCUGCCAAAGGCAUUUUGUUUCAUUUCCGUCGGAUUCGCUGUAGUCGAUAUAGUUCUGAAUUUCUUUUUCUAUUAUCGACGUCAUACGGUAGCACCUACGUCGGUGUCAAUACCUCCGCCAGAACCUCGUCCUCCUUCACCUUCUAUAAUUGAAGAAAAAUACAUCUCAGCUUCUAUCUCUCUCGUAUGA